UUGGAUCUCAGAGCAUUUCGAAUUCGAGCACUUGGGGAUCUAAGAUUCAGCCUCAGACAAUCUCACGCCAGCGACGCCAUCACUAUCGAAGAAGAGAGAACCCAGAGAUGUCUGCCACUGUCGGCGCCGGCGGCCGAGGAGAUUGCGGCCGUUGCGACGGAGGGAGGAAUCUGGAUCUGUUACCGGCGGCUCUGCUGGAGACUGUCAUGACGAAGCUCGACGUAGCUUCCCUCUGCUCUUUGGCUUCCACUUGCAGAACACUCAGGAGCUGCGUCUCUCGUGUCCUUACCUUCGCUCCCAACUUUCACAUCUUCAAUAUCGCCCUGCCGAUGGAAACUGUCAGGCCAUUGUUGCUUCCGAAUCAGCAACUCUCAAGUCUCAAGCUUGACUGUGGACGGCUUAACAAUUCAGCCAUUGGCAUGAUGGUGCGGCCAUCUUUGCAGGAGCUAUGUCUUCAGAACUGCCGUUGUUUCAGCGGUGACCUUCUUUAUGAAAUUGGUAGGAAAUGCAGGGAUUUAAGGUUCCUUCGUUUGGGUUCAGUGGCAGAUAAAAGUAGUCUAAGCAUUAGCCGUCAUGCUCUGGAGGAGUUGCUACAUGGUUGCUCCCGCUUAGAGGUGUUGAUGCUCAUGUUUGACCUCUCGUUGCAUUUGCGUCCUGGCGAUGUUCGCAUUUUCGAAUCGGUCUCUGAUAAACUUACUCAUCUUGAGCUUGGACACAUCACUUCAAGAAUGAUGACACAACUGCUUAGCCCACCACCUGGAAUACCGGGGCAGGAUAGCAGUAGGGUUCCUCCGACCAUUCUCAAAAACGUUCAGCGGUUGCGCCUCUCAGUGGAUUCUAUUUCCGAUGCUCUGGUCAGGGCGAUAUCAAGAUCUCUUGUUUCACUGACACAUUUGGAUUUACGAGAUGCGCCCCUCGAGGAUCCAAGGCAGUUUGCGGAUCUCACCAAUUCUGGACUUCAAGAGAUUAAUCAAAACGGUAAGCUCAAGCACCUUUCUCUUAUCCGCAGCCAGGAAUUUCACCCUACCUAUUUCCGGAGAGUUGAUGAUCAAGGGAUGCUCUUUCUUGCUGACAAGUGCUGGGGCAUGGAAAACAUCUGUCUUGGUGGGUUCUGUCGGGUUACUGAUGCGGGUUUCAAGACCAUUCUGCACUCUUGCUCGAGUCUCUGCAAGCUUAGUAUAUAUCACGGGCCUAAGCUAACGGAUCUUGUUUUCCAUGACAUCUCGGCUACUUCUCUUUCGCUGAGACAUGUGAGCCUAAGAAGGUGCCAUCUUCUGACCGACCAUGCCAUUCAAAAGCUGGCUUUAAAUCUCAAGCUAGAGAAUCUCGACUUGAGAGGAUGCAGAAACCUCGGGGAUGAAGCCUUACGUGCCAUUUCCCAUUUGCCGGAACUGAAGGUUUUACUUCUGGAUGGUACCGAUGUAAGCGAUGAAGGACUCUCGUACCUGAAAGAUGGAGCAUUGGGUUCAUUAGCUUCUCUAUCGGUAAGAGGGUGCAAAAAUUUGACCGAUAAAUUCGUGUCUUCCUUAUUCGAUGGAUCCUCUAAACUAGAGCUGCGUGAACUGGAUUUGUCCAAUCUACCUGGCCUCACCGAUGAUGCUGUUCUAACUCUGGCAAGGGUCGGAGCCCCGAUCACGAAUCUCCGACUAAGAGAAUGUGGCCUCAUAGGGGACAAAUCUGUUAUGGCUUUAGCUUCUACAAUGGUAAGCGAAGACAAGUGUCCAGGAAGUAGUUUGGUUCUGUUGGAUCUUUACGACUGCGGUGGCAUCACUCAACUCUCAUUCAAGUGGUUAAAGAAACCGUAUUUCCCGAGGCUUCGAUGGUUAGGGAUCACGGGAAGUGUGAAUAGGGACAUUGUAGAUGCGUUGGCGAGGAGACGGCCGUAUUUGCAAGUCGCUUGCCGUGGAGAAGAGCUCGGGAACGAGCAGGAGGAUGACUGGGACUCGGCAGACGUGCACCAACAUAUUGAGGCGCAAGGAGAUGAGCUUGAACAGUGGAUUAUGGAUGAAGAUGGUGACAUUGAAAUGGAAGAUACAGAAGACGAGGACAUGGAAGAAGGCGGGGGCGAAGAAGAAGAAGGCGACGGAUAAUACAGGACGAGGCCCCGACACGGGGUGGGGUUCACCUCUAAAGAGUGGGUGUUUAUCCGAAUCUGAAACUGAAAGACACUGGUGUUGUUCGUGUAAACUUGAUUGGUUUGAUGCAUCCAUUAUGAUAAAACUCAGAAGUAUGAAGGAAUUGCUUUAGGGUUUCAAUUC